UCCCACUGUAGUUACAGACAGAUUUUGACAUGUUUAUCCCUCUCCAACUGCUUACAGCGUAGCUUGCCUCUGACGUCUCAUCUGCUGGCAGGUGUUCAGUUAUGUGCCUGGGAAUUUCAGAGCCUGCAGAUCACUCUACAGUGGAGGAGCAGGACGCAAACAUGAAGGAGAAGAGUGGAGGGUUUCUGGCGUGGAAGGUGCUCCUGUUUGGGAUGUGCGUGCUGCUGCUCCUGUGCUCAGCAGGGGUAGUAUUUCUGCUGCUUCGACAAAAGGAGCUGACAGAGGAGCUGGCCAGGUUGGACGUGCAGAUGCAGAUACUGUGGCAGAGCUGUGGGAUAAAGGCGGAGAGAAGGCCUGGAGAAGUUGGCAGGAUGGAGCUUCACCGUAACAAGAGAAACCUGGAAGAAGAGCCGACGCAAAGCCAAGAAGAGAAGGACAUGCUGAUGCUGAUGACCUACUCCAUGGUUCCUAUCAAAACCUUCAUGGAUCUGUGUAACAGCUCCAGAGGAAUUUGUUUAACAGGCCCACCUGGUCCACCCGGACCACCAGGUUUGCAUGGUAGACCUGGUUCACCUGGACCGCAGGGUGUGCCGGGGCCUGAGGGGAGACGAGGAAGAAGAGGACCUCCAGGUGAAAAAGGAGAACGAGGACCUAAAGGUGACCCUGGGCCCCUCCGGCUGAAAGGCGAGUCCUACAAUGACAUUUUCAUUGAGGGUCCCCCUGGCCCACCUGGCCCACCUGGACCACCUGGACCACCUAGCCCCCCUCCUCCUUGUUUUAAAAUGUGUGGAAGAGAGAUCCAUCAAACCAUCACAUCACUGGAGUCGAGUCCUUCUCUGAGUGCGGAGGCUGUCAAUGAAACUGAGGCAGAGGAAAACAACAGCUGGACAACAAUAAACACUGACAUACAAACAGCACUUCCACUUGAAGACAAAAUAAAUCUGUUAAAUGUGACAGAUUUUCAAACCCCAGUGGAAACCACCAGAGAAACUGUGUUGGUUUAUCCAGACUACAGCAACAACACCUUCAAUGACACUAGCACAGAAAACAUUACACAGACACCGGUUCCAUUAGUAACAGCACUACUUUCUCCUGAUGUAAGUGAAAAAAGCAACACCUUCAGUGGCCACAGGAAGAAUGAAGACACACCCAUGAGAAGUGAGUUAGUAUCACCUGGCCCAGACCCCAGACAUAACAUGAAGACUGAAACAAGUGCAGAAAAAGCCGAGGAAUCACUGACAGAGGCUUCAGUCAGCGUUUUACCCGUGUUACCAUCUCCACAUCCAGCGCAUGAGGUCGGAGAUGCACUGAAUGUCACCGACUCUGAGAAACUUCGAGAAUCUCUGAAGAAAUCAAAGUUAGUCUUGUUUCAUAAAGAUGAUGAUAAAGAUACCUUGAAUGACUCCAACACAGCGACAGAGACACCAGUAAAGUUAUUAUCAGCCACGCUUUCUGAGGACAAAAAUAAUGAUACUUUUAAAGAAAGAGGAACAACUAUUGCCACACCCAAGAACACUGCCUCUUCAUACUCAAACCAGAACGACAGAGAAGAUCAUUUUAACAACAACAACAACAAAUGGAUGAAAACUAGUGAUCAACCAACAGAAAGUUCAAUGGACGGCUUCAGAGAUGGCGUUAAUGUGACUGAGUCGAUGACACAUACCCUAAAGACUUCUGACAUUCUAUCCUUGCAUAACAAUGACAGCGAUGACGCCCUGAAUGACUCCAACACAGUGAAUGUAACAGAGGCAUCCACAAGGGUAUUGACAGGGUCCCUAUCUGCACAAGGAAGCAGUGAUAAAGACAAUAAAUCUGGAAUUGUUGUAGAAACAUCAACGACAAGUGGCUUUUCAUCUUCUCCCACGAAAAGCAGCAAGCUCAUUUUGACCAGCUACAAGAAACGGACAACAACUGAAUCACCAACAACACAGCCAGCCAAUGAACAAAGAGAUGUACUGAAUCACACAGACGCUGGUGAACUUCCAGAAACAAGUUUGCCAUCUGAGAUGGCUCUUCAAAAGCACAACCCUGACAUGUGGAAUCACUCCAACACGGAAAAUGUUACAGAGGCACCAGUUACAUUAUUAACAGCUCUACUGCAGCCCGACAUGACAGGAAAGACGGACACCUUGAACAACAAGAACAUCAAGGAUACACCCAUAAAAACUGAGUCUCACAAAGACAAAAGCCAAAACAAAAAGAAGGAAACCAAAAGAGAGAAAACAACAGAAGCAGCAACUCGACCCUCAACAGCCCCGCUUCUUGUAGCCCCGGCUCAAAGGAAUGAUGCUUUCAAUGACAAUGGGAACAUUACAAACAAAGGCAAAAAACACGAUUCCUUACAUCAAAUGCAGCUGAACAACAGAACAGUUGGUGAGAGAUGGACAAAAACUGUGUGCAGCCUUAAGACGAUCAAAUGUUCUGAGAGAGCCACCAAAAUGCAGAGCACGUUUGGAGCCUGGAUGUCCGAUGCAUCUCAGCUGAAUGGAGGUCGAUACUGGCUGGCUGAGCAUUUUUCAGGUCGACUUUUAACAGAGUACAGGGAUGCUCCCACUUCUCAGAGCACGAGCAACAGGACCAUAGACGUCGGGAAGUUCUACCAGGGCUGCGGUCAUGUUGUUUAUAAGGGGUCACUUUACUUUCACAACGCGGGAACAAACAGGCUGAUAAAGUUUGACCUGAACACCAGAAGAACAAACACUCUGAUCAUGGCAAACAGCAGAUACAACAACCUGGCCUACCUUUUCCGCAACUCAAAGACGUAUUUUAAGUUUGCCGUGGAUGAAAAUGGGCUGUGGGUCAUUUUUGCAUCAGAUACAUUUGAUGACAUAAUGGUGGCGAACAUUAACUCUGACAUGUUCUCUGUUGAGUCUAUCACUAACACUCAAUAUCCCUCAGCUAAAGCAGGAAAUGCUUUCAUCGUGUGUGGUGUGUUGUACUUCACAGAUCACAUGGACAGUAGAGUUACAUAUGCCUUUGACUUAGAGACAGGGAGGCCUCAGGAUGCCAGUUUUGAUUUAAGGCCCACUGAUGGCAUCUUGGCUAUGCUGUCUUAUUAUCCUAACAGAAAGCUUCUGUAUUUGUGGGAUGACAGCAGCAUUAAAACCUGCAAAGUCAGACUUAAAAUGCACUGAAAAUAAACACAAACUUUGUGAAAUGAGCAAUAAAAUAUUUUUAUAACCUUA